AUGUCAACAAAACCUUUAGCCAAUAAGGCUAUAACCUCUGCUCUAUCAUAUUGCUUGCAAGAGUUAUUAGCUCAAGAAUUAAGCGGAAUAAAUAAAAAAAGAAGAAAACAUUUAUUGUCAAGAAAAAUAGGAGCUGAAGAAGGAAAAGCUGUCGAAGGUGUUGAAAAAAUACAAAAUGUUGACGAUAAAGUAAUUUUAUCUAUUGGUCCAUUGAAUCACUAUGUUUUCAUGGUUCUCGACAAAUUAUUCAAUAGAAUUAGUAAAGGAGCAGCAGCCAAAAUUCUACAAGUUAUCACUUUUCAAUUAAUUUUUACACCAAUUCAUCAUAUCGCAAUGGCUAUAAUUGGUGGUUCACGAGAUUUAAAUCAAAUAAUAUCUAAUUUUAAAAAAUCUAUUUUGAAACUUGAAUUAACUGCUUGUGCUGCUUCACUUGUCACCUUAAUUUUUGCUCAAAGUUUUCUAGAUCCUCGAUUCUGGGCAUCUUUCUUUAACCUUUCUGGUUUUACUUUUGGUCUUAUUGCAAAUGUAAAAGCCAAAAAUGACCGAUUGAAAAAAAUAGAACUACAUUAA